AUGUCUUCCUUAAACUCAUAUUUUUGCUCAACUCUUUGGGACUUCUUCCUACACAUGUAUCAGAUUGCGUUUCAUCUCUACCCCCUCCACAGGAGGUCGAAUAUUCAAGCGGAGGAAUCGUAUUCUAUUGAUGAAUUUGCUUCUCUCAGUAAGAAUGUUAAAGAGAUAAUCAAUGACAAACCCACUAAGUGA